AUCCAGCCACAACUUUCAACUAUUUUCUCUCUCUAGAAACACUCUCCCCUUCCUUCAUUCUCUCUGUCUAGAAACCAAAGGCCAUACCUUUGUUCUGCUUUCUCUCUCUAUUUCUUUGAAGAAAUUGGAAGGAGGUCAUGAUGGUUGAGAAAGAUGAUCUGGGAUUGAGUCUCAGCUUGGGAUUUCCUCAAAAUCAGCAUUCUUUGCAGAUGAAUCUCAAUCCUCCUCUGUUCCAAUCCUCUGCUUCUUCCUCCAAAUCGUCUUGGAACGAGAUUUUUCGUUCAUCGGAUCGAAACUCAGUUUCGUGUCGGGUCGAGACCCGAUCGUUUAUCCGGGGAAUAGACGUGAACCGCUUACCUUCGACCGCCGAUUGUUACGAGGAAGCCGGAGUUUCGUCUCCGAACAGUACGAUUUCGAGUAUAAGCGGAAAGAGAAGCGAGAGAGAACCAAAUGGAUCGGAGGAGCACGAAAUCGAGCGAGAUUGUUCUCAUGGAAUCAGCGAUGAAGAAGACGCCGAAACGUCGAGGAAGAAGCUCCGGCUGUCCAAAGAUCAGUCUGCUAUUCUCGAAGAGAGCUUCAAAGAACACAACACCCUCAAUCCAAAGCAAAAAUUGGCAUUGGCUAAGCAGCUAGGGCUCAGACCUAGACAAGUGGAAGUCUGGUUUCAGAACAGAAGGGCAAGGACUAAAUUGAAGCAAACAGAGGUUGAUUGUGAGUUCUUGAAGCGAUGCUGCGAGAAUCUAACGGAGGAGAACAGGCGGUUGCAGAAAGAAGUACAAGAGCUAAGAGCACUGAAACUCUCCCCACAGUUCUACAUGCAGAUGAAGCCUCCCACCACGCUCACCAUGUGCCCUUCGUGUGAGCGAGUGGCGGUUCCACCGUCAUCCGCCGGUUCACGGCCUCACCAGAUCGUUACUCCCGCCCUCCAUCGGGCAUCCAUCCCCAUCGGCCCAUGGGCUUCAUCUGUUCCCAUCCCGCAUGGGCCGCACGACGCUCUUCGGCCCAGAUCGUAAAUAGGGUAGUGAUUCGAGGCCAUUUUGGUCAAUAGCGAUUGUUUUCCUUUUAUAUUGUAAGUCUAUGGUCUAAGAUAUGGGGUUGUUACAGAGGGAUAUGGUGGGUCUUAUUACUUGUUUUGACCCCAAAUGCGUCGUCGUAUUAGCUUUGACUUGUAGUGAUAAUUUAGUAAUAGUUGUUGCUCAUCUCCUGAACGAGGAGGGUCUCCAGAUGUAAAUGUAAAUCGCAAGCUGCCUAUUUAUGUUGAACUCAGUUGAGGAAAUCCUUGUGUUCUAAUCUCUCAUAAUCAAAUGGAUUGACAUGAC